AUUAUUUAAUGGAAGAAAGCAUCUAUAACAUAAUAAUUGAAGAUCCAAUUCCACAUAAACGAUAAAAAAAAUAUAAAUCUCAAUUCCCUGGUACUAUUCAACCAUCUUAUAGUACAUUUGGAAAUCAAUCAAAUGUUAUUUAAGUAUCAUUAUUACAUAUAUAUAUGUAAGGUUAAAAAUAUUAGUGGAGAUUAUUAAUUAUCAUCUCGUAGAUAUGCAUCUGAAAGUGGAACUAUUGGAAAAACAAAAACAUGUUUAUUUAUCUCAUUAAUAUUUAGAAUAACUCUCACCUAUAAAACCAAGAAUUAUGGGUACAAAUAAUUUAGAUGAAUGGAUUGAAAAGGGAUCAAUCGUAAGAAGUAGAGAAUUCACUAAUUCUCAUAGAAAUAAAUUAAAACCUUUAGUUCCAAAAUCUAAUGAAAAACCAACUAUGGGAUUAUAAUCUAAUAGAAAUUUCAUUGCUACAAAUAAAAUUGAUGUUAUUCUCAAAUGUUAUUACAAUCUUUAUUUAUAGCUCCUAAAUAAAUACAAGAAUAACCUAAUUGGCUUACUAAAAAAGAUUAUGGAUCAAUUCCACUCUAUUUAAGUCAAAUCAAAGAUUAACUCUAAUAAUCUUAUCUAGAAUAAUAGGAUUAUGCUAAAAGAUAAUAAGAAGCUGAAAAUGAUAAAUUGUAAUCAUUUAUUAUAUAUUAAAAUAGAUAAUUAUUGCCUGAACAAGAAUUAUAAUAAAUUAGAGAAGGUUUAAAAUAAAGAUAUGAUGAAGUUAAUAAACAAUAUUAAUAAUAUACGCAUUUAAAGAAGUUUGACACUGUUGGAUUGAAAAGAAGAAAAGAGUAAUUUGAAAAAGAAUUGAUUUAAAUUGAAAAAGACAUGGAUAAAAUGAAAAAAUAGUAUGUAUUCAUUGAGAAAUGA